GCAAAAAAAAAUAAAAAAAAAUUCAAUGCAUUCCUAUGGGAUUCGCUAGACGAAUUUUUCGUUAUAAGAAAAGACCCGUGGAACGAAUUAAAUUUGUCUACCGAGGCACCACUGUACUCGCCAUAUAAAAAAUAUGACCCGCGUAUAAGACGACCUCCGACUUUUGAGAAGAUUUUCCUGGGUUAAAAAGUAGUCUUAUACGCAGGAAUAUACAGAAUAUACUGGUAUUGUGUUGUCCUCCAAUGUAUUUUAUAGAUAUACAUUCAUUCAUUCAUUCAUUCAAUUUAAUGAAGUUAUGUAUUAAUUCAGAUGUUUCUAGUUCAGUGAAUAUGUGAACAUAUUUUAAAACAAAAUUAGUUGUGAUUCAGUGUUUUUUUUCUCUUUCACAUUUUUAGGACUAGUGGUAAAGAGUUUUAUCAAAACUCCAGUUUUUUUAAUGCAUGGAUUUUGUCCAGUAACAUAUCUAUUUUAAUUCGCUGUCAAUCAUUGCAAAUGUGAAGGAAGAAUGGCAAGUUUUUUUAAGAAGCAGGAAUUACUUGUCACAUUUAAAAAUAAACAGUCUUUUUGUUGUGCAUUUUCAUAGGCUUUGGAGUCCACUUAAGCUGCAGUCUUAUAUCUACUUACUUGGGAGGAAGUCAAGUACAGUUUUUCAGCCUAAAGCACUGUAGUGCUCUGCCAAUAGAACCACUGAAAAGGGGCUAUGAAUGGUGAAUCUAGAGCCGAGGUGGUAACCUCACCACCUCCAGCAGCCCCUCAUAAAGAGAGGUAUUUUGAUAGAGUUGAUGAAAAUAACCCAGAGUACUUGCGAGAGCGGAACAUGGCUCCUGACCUUCGCCAGGAUUUCAAUAUGAUGGAACAGAAGAAGAGAGUCUCCAUGAUCCUUCAAAGCCCAGCAUUUUGUGAAGAAUUGGAAUCGAUGAUCCAGGAACAAUUUAAGAAAGGAAAGAACCCAACAGGUCUACUGGCUUUACAGCAGAUUGCAGAUUUCAUGACGACAAACGUUCCAAAUGUCUACCCAGCAGCACCUCACGGUGGAAUGACUGCCCUUAACAUGAGUCUUGGGAUGGUGACCCCUGUGAAUGAUCUCAGGGGUUCAGAUUCAAUUGCUUAUGACAAGGGUGAGAAACUGUUGAGAUGCAAGUUGGCAGCCUUCUACAGACUAGCUGACCUCUUUGGGUGGUCACAGCUUAUUUACAAUCACAUAACAGUCAGAGUAAAUUCAGAGCAGGAACACUUUCUCAUUGUGCCUUUUGGACUUCUCUAUAGUGAAGUUGCUGCAUCCAGUCUGGUUAAAAUAAAUAUUCAAGGUGAUGUUGUUGAUCGUGGAAGCACUAAUUUGGGAGUUAAUCAGGCUGGCUUCACAUUGCACUCGGCUAUUUAUGCAGCUCGACCUGACAUUAACUGCAUUGUUCAUAUUCACACACCGGCGGGAGCAGCGGUGUCAGCAAUGAAAAGUGGUCUCUUGCCAAUCUCUCCAGAGGCACUGUCCCUUGGGGAAGUAACCUAUCAUGAUUACCAUGGGAUUCUUGUAGAUGAGGAGGAGAAAGUGUUGAUUCAGAAGAAUCUGGGCCCCAAAAGCAAGGUUCUCAUACUCAGAAAUCAUGGUUUGGUAACAGCUGGAGAAAGCAUGGAAGAGGCUUUCUACUAUAUUCAUAAUUUGGUUGUUGCUUGUGAGAUCCAAGUACGUACUCUGGCCAGUGCAGGGGGUGCAGACAACUUAGUGCUCUUGGACCCUGGAAAAUACAAGGCUAAGUCACGUGGUCAUGAGCCUCUAGCAGGGGAGGGGACAGCAUCUUACCCAAAAUGGCAGACUGGAGAGCAGGAAUUUGAAGCUCUUAUGCGAAUGCUUGAUAAUUUGGGUUACAGAACUGGCUAUCCCUAUCGAUGCCCUGCUUUGAGAGAGAGAUCUAAAAAAUACAGUGACGUGGAGAUCCCUGCUAGUGUCACGGGAUAUUCUUUUGCUAGCGAUGGGGACUCGGGCACUUGUUCUCCUCUGCGGCAUAGUUUUCAGAAACAGCAGCGAGAGAAGACAAGGUGGCUGAAUUCUGGCCGAGGAAAUGAUGCUUCUGAAGAAGGGCAGAAUGGCGGCAGCCCCAAGUCGAAGACUAAGUGGACUAAAGAGGAUGGACAUAGAACUGCCACCUCUGCUGUCCAAAAUCUAUUUGUUCCAUUGAACACUAACCCAAAGGAAGUCCAGGAAAUGAGGAACAAGAUCCGAGAGCAAAACCUUCAAGACAUUAAAACGGCUGGCCCACAGUCGCAGGUUCUUUCUGGGUGUGUUGUGGACAGGAGCCUCGUGCAGGAUGCUCCCCUCUCAGACUGUACGGAAACAAUUGAAGGUCUCGAUCCCACAGAGCAGGCCUUUAAUCCCGCUAAAUCUGUCUCUGUUAGAAAGGGAGAAUUGGUGACAGCAUCCAAGGCAAUAAUUGAGAAGGAGUACCAGCCACGAGUCAUCGUAAGCACAACAGGACCAAACCCCUUCAACAAGUUCACAGACCAAGAAUUAGAAGAGUAUCGCAGAGAAGUAGAAAGGAAACAGAGGCAGUCAGAAGAUUCAGAAGAUGCCAGACAGGAGAGGGAGAGGAGCUCUUUGGACCACCCUGCUGCUUGCACUCCACCCAGCACUCCAGUUAAACUGGAGGAAGAGAGGCAGCCCAACCAGACUUGCAACGAUGACAGUGAUGCUGCAACUUUCAAGCAAAGCCUCCCAGAUCUCACCCCUGAUGAGCCUUCAGAGCACCUCGGCUUCCCAAACUUUGGAAAAGAGGAUGAUAAAAGUGACAAAGAUCUCGCCCAAAGCCAGACUGAGUUACCUCCUGAAAACCAAGAACCCCAAUCUCAGCUGGGUGAAGAGGCCGUGACCCCGCUGGCUGAGGAGGGGGCAGCAGCCGAACCAGGCGGUGACGAGUCUCCUGGGAAGUCUCCGUCCAAGAAGAAGAAGAAGUUCCGUACACCUUCCUUCCUGAAGAAAAACAAAAAGAAGACUGACUCCUAAAUACCUUCAAAUAUACUGUCAUGGUUUAGAGUCUAAGUUUAUUAACCACUAGAAUGUAUCAGUUCUUACUGAGUGUUUUCUUUUGUCUUUAGUAACAAGCAGAACGAGCAACACCCUCAAGCUAUAGCUUGAUUGCUUAAGAUUAUAAUGGAAAAGUAAUGAGCAGAAGGUGCUAAUCCUGUAUAUUCAACAGCAGCUAACCAGGGUUUAUCCCUUGUACGUAAACAAAGCUAAAUGACUUCCAUGGAACCCCAUGUGUCACGUUGAGAGCCCAUGCUGAUUUAUAUAUGCAGUCAAUGGAUUUUUGCAAGGUCUUGCUCCACAGGGUGUUGCUGUCUGCUCACUCUAACAUUUGUUCUUGUCCCAGAGCCUACUGUUGUUACCAAGUGGCUUCUUAAAUACUGACAACUUGGAUAUGAUUGCAGUUAUAUUUUGAGAGGUUGUAUUAUGGAACCGAGCACCUGCUUUCGCACUGUGUAAGUAGAAAUAACGUUACACUGAGGCUUUAAAGAAAGCUGUCUUUCUCCUCCCUUAUUCUGUAUUGUAGCAUAGCUGAAACUUAAAUCUAUUUGUUAUGUGUAAGAAGAAUGAAGUGAUUUGUGGCGUUUCCUGCUGAUCCCUCUGCCUGUGUUCUAAUAAACUGACAGAACAACCAGUUAUUUUACUAAUACAGUGGUACCUCUACUUACGAAUUUAAUGCGUUCCAAACGCACAUUUGUAAGUAGAAAACAAUUGUAAGUCGAAUCCCAUAGGAAUGCAUUGGGAGAAAAAAUUCGUAAGUAGAAAAAAUCCUAUCUAGAAAUUCGUAAGUAGAAAAAAUCCUAUCUAAACCACAUCCAAGAUGGCGGACGGAGCUCCAUUCGUAAGUAGAAACAUUUGUAAGUAGAGUUAUUCGUAAGUAGAGGUACCACUGUAUCUUUUCUACCAAAAGUUUGUAUCCAACCUCAACCAAGUUAAUUUCAAGCCUUUGAAAAUAAAAUUUCCUAGUAACAGGCCUUUAUUAAGUCAGAUCAUGACCUCACUCAAUUGCUCCAAUACUUUGUGGAUGCAACAGCACCUGUACUACAGUGUGUGUUGUCAUUUAUGGUAGCUGCCCCAGUCAUUUCCAAGGCCAUGUGGCUCAUUUCCGGGAACCCUUGGAAGGUUUGUCAUAAUCUGGCACUGACUUGGCACAGCUUGCUAAUCUCUUCUGCGUCUCUGGAUUCACUGGUUUAAGCUACAGUGCAGAGACUAAACUUUUGAGUUGUGCAAGGCAAUGUUUCAGAAACACUUGGUAUUUCUCCCAAACCUAUAAAGUUGACUUAAGUGCUGGUUAUAACAAAAGAAAAGACUCGCUGUUUAAGUUCAGUUGGGAAUGAUUUUUAUUGAUUAACUUCAGUAAUGAAUAAUGCACCACUUUGGGGGGGGGGCAGAUUGUGUAGGUUUUUAAUUGAAGUUUGGUGAAAUAGAUAGUAUUGAAUGCCUUACAAUUCGUGCUUUAAAAAAGCACAGAAGAUUAGAAAGAAUUCCGUGACUGGUGCAGCUUUAUUCUAAACAUACCUAUGUUAGGUUCCCAACAGAUACCUUGGAAACCAGUUUGAAACAAAUCACUUUAAAUGGUAAAAUAAAUAAAUUAACACCCGUGCAGAAGGGUUACAGGGAGAUGGGGAGGCUUGGUGGUACUAAAACCAUCACUAAUGGAAAAGCAGAAGUGCUGAUCACAGAGAGAGAGAAAAGAAUUUUUCAUAUGGACUGCAUGACACUAAUGGCUUUGAGCUUGUUUCCUAACUGUGUGUCCUGUGAACACUAAAAGCUUAACCGUGUCUCAUUGCCAGGAUUGAAAUUGCAUUACAAAAUCCAUUGCUUUAGUGUUUCUGUUAUAAAAUGUAGGGACUCUAUAAACUUUGACCACAUAUGCAAUGAUUUUUAAGUUCCAGUUUUGUAGUUCUCAAUUCUUUCUAUUACAUAAUGAAAUCUAGUUGUGUAUUGUAUGAGAACACACUUCAGUGGGACAGGGAGGGAAAGGGAAGAGUCCUGUAUUUUUUCUUCUUUUGUUGUUUAAUUCAAUUCUACACAAAUAAAAUUCUUUAAAGGA